GCAGCUUGCAAAGGAGAAUCCAAAUGUGCACGUAUCUGAUAGAGUUGUAGAAGUUUUCGUGGAGUAUCCAAACAAAUCUCCGAACAAUUAAAGCGAACAAACCAAGUCAUUGGUCAUCGGGACAAUGAAGCCAGCGAGUAAAAACAACAUAGGGAAAGAUCUUAAAAGCAAGUUUUAUCAUCCUAACAGGAAACUAGCGAGUAAAAACAAGCCAAGGAAAAAGAUUUUAAGCAAUUCUUUACGACUUGGAAAGUCUUUUGGGUCCAUAUCUCAGCUAUGGGCAUCCGCAUAGAAGUGUGGACGAAACCUUAUCCUCGUUGGCCCACAAUAGUCCGACAAGCUCACGUGUCAGGGUCUUAGAUUAAUCAUCAUUUUACUGUAAAUCCCAAUUUCUUAAUCUCCCUGAUUCGCCAUUAAUUCUUAUAUAUAGGAGGCAGGGUACUGCAGCAGAGAUGGCUACAUUCACCACAAUGGUUCACCUGGUUGCAUUCUUGGUGUUUUUUCACAGCCUUUGGGCUGUGGGUUACUGUCAGGAGGUUGGCCAUGGUUACCGUCUUUCUUCUAUCGGUAAUGGGCCUGAUGGGAGCAUGAUUGGAAGCUUGGAACUCAUACGAAAUACUGAUACAUACGGUCCUGAUAUUCCUACACUUCGACUCUAUGUCAAGCAUGAGACGGGGGACCGGGUAAGAGUUCAGAUAACCGAUGCAGAGAAGAAGAGAUGGGAAGUUCCUUAUGACCUCCUUCCUAGAUCACAAGCACCUGCUCUAGGAGCAAGCCAGAUUUCCAAAACAACUAACCCAGUGUAUGAAUUCUCUGAGUUCUCAGGCAAUGAGUUGAUCUUCUCCUGCACAAUUAACCCAUUUGGAUUUGCUAUCAAGCGCAAAUCCAAUGGAGAAGUCCUGUUCAACUCCUCGUAUGGCAGCUUGGUUUUCAAGGAUCAGUACUUGGAAAUCAGCACUAUACUUCCCACAUCAGCUUCAUUGUAUGGGCUGGGAGAGAGCACACAGCCCAAUGGGGUUAAGAUUGUUCCAAAUGAAGCUUAUACUCUUUACACAACUGACAUUGCUGCCUAUAAUUUAAAUACAGAUUUGUAUGGCUCCCAUCCUUUUUACUUGGAUUUAAGAAAGGGAGGUUUGGCUCAUGGAGUUCUAUUGUUGAACAGCAAUGGGAUGGAUGUUUUUUAUACUGGUAGUAAGCUGACAUAUAAGAUUAUUGGGGGUUUGCUGGACUUCUACUUUUUUGCAGGUUCGGCUCCAUUAGAGGUGGUUCAGCAGUUCACUGAGCUCAUAGGACGUCCAGUUGCAAUGCCUUAUUGGGCUUAUGGUUUUCACCAGUGCAGAUGGGGAUACAAGAAUGUCUCCGAUGUAGCAAACGUGGUGAGCAAUUAUAAAAAAUCAAAAAUUCCUCUGGAUGUUAUAUGGAAUGAUGACGACCACAUGGAUGCGGCCAAAGAUUUUACUCUCGAUCCAGUCAAUUAUCCUGAAAAUAAGCUGCGUCCGUUCCUCGAUCAAAUUCACGCAGAUGGUCUUCAUUAUGUUGUUCUCAUCGACCCCGGGAUCAAUGUAAAUGAAACCUACGGUGUCUUUCAGCGAGGAAUGGCAGCAGACGUGUUCAUAAAGCAUGAUGGACAACCUUUCAUGGGUCAAGUAUGGCCGGGUGCCGUCUAUUUUCCAGACUUCCUAAAUCCCAGAGCAGUUUCUUUCUGGGCAGACGAAAUCUCGCGUUUCCACAAAAUGGUUCCUGUAGAUGGCCUCUGGAUCGACAUGAACGAGGUCUCCAACUUCUGUUCCGGAAAAUGCACCAUCCCAAAGAACAAACCUUGUCCGGGCCCUCAAGGAUGGUUAUGUUGCCUGGACUGUAUCAACAUCACUAACACACGCUGGGACGAUCCCCCUUACAAGAUCAAUUGCUCAGGGAAGAGUGCCCCAUUGGGCUAUAACACCAUUGCAACCAGCUCUGUUCACUACAAUGGCGUCCUAGAGUAUAAUGCCCACAGCCUCUAUGGUUUCUCACAGGCCAUUGCCACACAUGGUGCUCUCAAGAACUUGCUCAACAAGCGCCCAUUUGUGCUUACUCGAUCCACCUUUGUGGGCUCAGGGUCAUAUGGGGCUCAUUGGACAGGAGACAACAAGGCUACUUGGGAGGAUCUAAGUCGCUCAAUCUCCACAAUCCUAAACUUUGGGAUGUUUGGGAUGCCAAUGGUGGGUUCAGACAUUUGUGGGUUUUAUCCAGAUGAAACUGGAGGCACUGGUGAGGAGCUCUGUGGGCGUUGGAUUCAAUUGGGGGCUUUUUAUCCUUUUAGUAGAGAUCAUUCUAAUCAGGCCAGCAAGCGGCAAGAGCUUUACUUGUGGGACUCUGUAGCCAAAUCAGCCCGCAAAGCUCUGGGCCUGCGCUACCGCCUUUUGCCCUAUUUUUAUACUCUGGGCUAUGAUGCCCAUGUGACCGGGGCUCCCAUUGCCAGACCCCUGUUUUUCUCUUUCCCAGAGGAUGAAACUACAUAUGGUAUAGGCACUCAGAUGAUGGUGGGGCCUGGAGUUCUUGUGUCCCCUGUGUUGCACAAUUUGACUACCAAGGUGAAUGCCUAUUUCCCCAAGGGAAGUUGGUAUAGCUUGAAUGAUAUGUCCCUGGCCUUGAUGUCCAAGGGAGAGUAUAUCACACUGGAUGCUCCUAUUGAUACUAUUAAUGUUCAUGUCUAUGAGGGUUUGGUUUUGCCCAUGCAACAAGGUGGGUAUACUACUAAGGAGGCUAUGAAGACUCCUUUUACUUUGGUGGUUGCAUUUCCAUUGGGAUUUGAGUCUAAUGGCGGAAAUGCGCAAGGGGAGUUGUAUCUUGAUGGAGGUGAGGAUUUGGAUAUGAAGUUGGAAAAUGGAAAGUCGACUUAUGUGAAGUUGUAUGGUGAGUCUGAUGGGAAGAAAGUUAGAAUUUGGACAAAGGUGCAGAUGGGGCAAUUUGCUUUGGAGGAAGGGUGGACUGUGGAGAAGAUUAUGGUGUUGGGACAUUCUUCUUCAACUCAUUCUUCUCCAUCAGUUAUUGAGCUCAAUGGAAAGCUUUAUUCUUCAUCAACAUUUGGAUUUACUUAUUCCACAUCAAGUAAAAAAGGCAGCAACCAUAUCGAAAACAAUGCUCUAGAAUUGAGUGGAUUAGCUCUUCCUAUAGGAAAAGAAUUUGAUUUGUCCUGGACUGUUACUUCUAGUAACAAAUAGAACUCUUAUUCGGCAAGACAUUAACUUGCUGAUUGAUACCACUCAUUAAGACAUCUACAAUGUAAUGGCUUCAAAGUUAUGAUUGAUGGAAGAUUGCAGCCUUGUAUCCAAUAAUUCCUUCUCACAGGAAUAAGUCCAUAUCAUUACUUAUCUAAAAUCAUCAAUAAUUAUAAAUGCA